AUGGGCAGCGGUAGAGUGUUCGUGGAACACAACGAGCCUCUGAGACUGCCCGAGGGCUGGAUCAAGGGCGAGCGCCUCGCUGCCGAGGAGAUCGUCGAACUGCUCAUCGCCGUCCGGCUCACCAACACUGCCGAGCUCGAGCGCAGGUUCUGGGCAGUGAGCGAGCCGACGUCGCCCUCGUACGGCCGCUUCCUGACGCCCGCGCAGGUGGCCGCCCUCGUCGCCCCCUCGCCCGCAUCCCAGCAGACCAUCCUCCAGUGGCUCGAAGCUCAUGGCGUGGUCGACUACGAGUGGAACAGCAGCAGGGACUUCCUGCGCGUGCGCACCACGGCUGCCAAGGCCGAGGAGCUGCUCGGCGGCAUCGAGUUCCACCACUUCGCCCACGACUCAGCCUCGACUCGUCUCUUCAGGUCGCUGCAGCCGUACACCGUGCCGCAGAAGGUGGCCGCUCACAUCGACUUCAUCGGUGGCAUCAACCACUUCCCCAGAGUGCAGAGGUUCGCUCGCAGGUCGCUCGAGGCGCGGGGCAGCGGCACCGUCGACCCCAACGUCAUCAAGCGCGUCUUCAACAUCUCCUCCGCCACCGGCAAGAGCGCCUCCAACUCCCAGGCGGUGGCGCAGUUCCUGGAGCAGUACUACACCCCGAGCGACCUGACGCUCUUCCAGCAGACCUACAACCUGCCGGUCCAGGCGCCGGUCAAGGUGGUGGGCCACAACGACGCCUCGAGCCCCGGCGUCGAGGCCGAGCUCGACAUCGAGUACAUCAUGGGCGUGGCCACCAACGUGCCCACCUGGUUCGUCUACACGGCCGGCCGCCACGAGUCGCAGGAGCCCUUCCUCGAGUGGAUCCAGUUCAUCAACGACCUCAACUCUCCGGCGCCGCUGGUGAACAGCGUGAGCUACGGUGACGUGGAGUCGUCGAUCACCCUCGCCUACGUGCAGCGCGUCGACCUCGAGUUCCAGAAGGUCGGCCUCACCGGUAAGUCGAUUUUGUUCGCGUCGGGUGACGAUGGCGUGGGCUGCAACACUCUGGGCUCGCGCUUCGAGCCCAACUGGCCGGCCACGUCGGCCUACGUGACCGCCGUGGGCAUCUCGUCGGGCGGAUUCUCGAACUACUUCGGACAGGCCAAGUACCAGAAGGCCGCCGUCGCGGACUACCUGGCACAGGGCAACCUGCCCGCGGCCUCCUACUACAACAUCUCGGGCCGCGCGUUCCCCGACGUCUCCGCCUUCAGCGAGGGUGUGCAGAUCAUCUACCAGGGAAGCCAGCAGUUCGUGGGCGGCACCAGCUGCGCUGCGCCCGUCUUCUCGGCUGUCAUCGCCCUCAUCAACGACGAGAGGCUGCAGCAGGGCCGUCCUCCUCUCGGUUUCCUCAACUCGCAGCUGUACACGAUUGCUCAGCGCUUCCCUGGCGCCCUGCUGGACAUCACCUCGGGCAGCGACAACGGCAACGGCUUCAUGUGCUCGCCCGGAUUCAAGCCCGCCAAGGGCUGGGAUCCCGUCACCGGCCUGGGCGUGCCCAACUACCCCGCGCUCAGCAAGGCCUUCGCUUCCCUGUCCGCCGAGAGCGAGAUGCGCCUUGCCGCCAACUAA